AUGGGGGAGAAAGUUUCGGAGGCGCCGGAGCCGGUGCCCCGCAGCUGUAGCAGCUACGGCGCCCGGACUCCCGCCCCUGCGGCGCCUGCUGUGCCCUCGCCGGGCGCUUCCUCGGCGGAGUCCUCCUCUGGCUCAGAAACUCUGUCGGAGGAAGGGGAGCCUGGCCGCUUUUCCCGCGAGCAGCUUCGGCCGCCGGGCGGCGCCCUGGGUGCCCAGCCGUCCGCCGUGUGGGCUUCCUCGCGCGGGGACCCAGAGCGCGGAGCUGCUUUACCGCCGCCGCUGCCCCUCGGAGGAGCCGCGCCGCCCGCAGUUCGGGGCAGCGGCGCAUCCCAGGAGGAGCAGGACGAGGAGCUGGAUCACAUAUUAUCCCCACCGCCCAUGCCUUUUAGAAAAUGCAGCAACCCAGAUGUGGCUUCAGGUCCUGGGAAGUCACUAAAGUUUAAAAGGCCACUCAAUGAGGAUGGAAGACAGCUAAGACGAGGGAGCCUGGGAGGAGCUCUGACAGGAAGGUACCUCCUUUCCAGUUCCGCGGCUGGGCAGGCCUGGCCAGCUUCUGCUGAGACGUCGAACCUCGUGCGCAUGCGCAGCCAAGCUCUGGGCCAGUCUGCGCCUUCGCUCACUGCCAGCCUGAAAGAGCUGAGUCUCCCCAGAAGAGGAAGUUUUUGCAGAACAAGCAAUCGGAAGAGCUUGAUAGGAAAUGGGCAGUCACCAGCAUUGCCUCGACCGCACUCACCUCUCUCUGCUCAUGCAGGAAAUAGCCCUCAAGAUAGUCCCAGAAAUUUCUCCCCCAGUGCCUCAGCCCAUUUCUCAUUUGCACGGAGGACUGAUGGACGCCGCUGGUCCCUGGCUUCUCUCCCCUCCUCUGGCUAUGGGACAAACACACCCAGCUCCACAGUUUCUUCAUCCUGUUCCUCCCAGGAGAAGUUGCAUCAGUUACCAUACCAACCAACGCCAGAUGAAUUACACUUUUUAUCAAAACAUUUUUGUACCACCGAGAGCAUCGCUACUGAGAACAGAUGCAGAAACACCCCAAUGCGCCCCCGUUCCCGAAGUCUGAGCCCUGGACGUUCUCCUGCCUGCUGUGACCAUGAAAUAAUUAUGAUGAACCAUGUCUACAAAGAAAGGUUCCCAAAGGCUACAGCUCAGAUGGAAGAACGGCUAAAGGAAAUUAUCACCAGUUACUCUCCCGACAACGUUCUUCCGCUAGCAGAUGGGGUGCUCAGUUUCACUCACCAUCAGAUUAUUGAACUGGGCCGAGACUGCUUGGAUAAAUCCCACCAAGGUCUCAUCACCUCCCGGUACUUCCUCGAAUUGCAGCACAAAUUAGAUAAAUUGCUACAGGAGGCACAUGAUCGUUCAGAAAGUGGAGAGUUGGCAUUUAUUAAACAACUAGUCAGAAAGAUCCUCAUCGUCAUUGCCCGCCCCGCUCGGUUAUUAGAGUGCCUGGAAUUUGAUCCUGAAGAAUUUUACUACCUUUUGGAAGCUGCAGAAGGCCAUGCAAAAGAAGGGCAAGGUAUUAAAACUGACAUUCCCAGGUACAUCAUCAGCCAGCUGGGGCUCAAUAAGGAUCCUCUGGAAGAAAUGGCUCAGCUGGGAAACUAUGAUAGCGGGGCGGCAGAAACACCAGAAACAGAUGAAUCAUUGAGUAGCUCAAAUACUUCCCUGAAACUUCGAAGGAAACCUCGGGAAAGUGAUUUUGAAACAAUUAAAUUGAUUAGCAAUGGAGCCUAUGGGGCAGUCUACUUUGUUCGACAUAAGGAAUCCCGGCAGAGGUUUGCCAUGAAGAAGAUAAACAAGCAGAACCUCAUCCUCCGAAACCAGAUCCAGCAGGCCUUUGUAGAACGGGAUAUCCUGACAUUUGCAGAAAACCCCUUUGUUGUCAGCAUGUAUUGUUCCUUUGAAACGAGACGCCACUUGUGCAUGGUCAUGGAAUAUGUGGAAGGAGGAGACUGUGCAACCUUGAUGAAAAACAUGGGUCCUCUCCCUGUUGAUAUGGCGAGGAUGUACUUUGCCGAGACUGUCCUGGCCUUGGAAUAUCUACAUAAUUAUGGAAUUGUACAUAGAGAUUUAAAACCAGACAAUUUGUUGGUAACCUCCAUGGGGCAUAUAAAGCUGACAGAUUUUGGAUUAUCCAAGGUGGGACUGAUGAGCAUGACAACUAAUCUGUAUGAAGGCCAUAUUGAGAAAGAUGCCCGGGAAUUCCUGGAUAAGCAGGUCUGUGGCACACCUGAGUACAUUGCACCGGAGGUGAUUCUAAGGCAGGGCUACGGGAAGCCAGUGGACUGGUGGGCCAUGGGGAUUAUCCUGUAUGAAUUUCUAGUUGGAUGCGUGCCUUUCUUUGGGGACACUCCAGAGGAGCUAUUUGGACAAGUCAUCAGUGAUGAGAUCAACUGGCCUGAAAAAGAUGAGGCUCCACCACCCACCGCCCAGGAUCUGAUUACUGUGCUUCUCAGGCAGAAUCCCCUGGAGAGGCUGGGGACAGGUGGCGCCUAUGAAGUCAAGCAGCAUAGGUUCUUCCGAUCCUUAGACUGGAACAGUUUGCUGAGACAGAAGGCAGAAUUCAUUCCACAGCUGGAAUCCGAAGAUGACACGAGCUAUUUUGAUACUCGAUCAGAGAAGUACCACCAUAUGGAAACUGAGGAAGAGGAUGAUACAAAUGAUGAAGACUUUACUGUGGAAAUCAGACAGUUUUCCUCAUGCUCACAUAGGUUUUCCAAGGUUUUCAGCAGUAUAGAUCGGAUCACUCAGAAUUCAGGAGAAGAGAAGGAAGAUCCUGGGGAUAAAACCAAAGGCACAGCUUUGCCAUCCACAGAAACAUUAAGCUGGAGUUCCGAGUAUUCUGAAAUGCAACAGUUAUCUACAUCCAACUCUUCUGAUACGGAGAGCAACAGGCAUAAACUGAGUUCUGGCUUGCUUCCCAAACUGGCCAUUUCAGCCGAGGGAGAACAAGAUGAAGCUGCUCCCAGCCCCAGAGACUCCCAUGAGGAGCCAGAAAAGCCAGUCCUUCCUGCCGAAGAGUGUGCGCAGGAGGAGCCCGAGGCCACCACCCCAGCCAGCACCAUCAGCAGCUCCACCCUGUCAGUUGGCAGUUUUUCAGAGCACUUGGAUCAGAUCAAUGGACGCAGCGAGUGUGUGGACAGUACAGAUAACUCCUCAAAGCCCUCCAGUGAACCUGCUUCCCACAUGGCUCGGCAGCGAUUAGAAAGCACAGAAAGAAAAAAACUCCCGGGCAAAGUCACAAAGUCCCUUUCUGCCAGUGCCCUGUCCCUCAUGAUCCCAGGAGACAUGUUUGCUGUUUCUCCUCUGGGAAGUCCAAUGUCUCCCCAUUCUUUGUCCUCGGACCCUUCUUCAUCACGAGAUUCUUCUCCCAGCCGAGAUUCUUCAGGAGCAUCUGCCAGUCCUCAUCAGCCCAUUGUGAUCCACAGUUCAGGGAAGAACUACGGUUUCACUAUUCGAGCCAUCCGGGUCUACGUGGGAGACAGUGACAUCUACACUGUGCACCAUAUUGUUUGGAAUGUGGAAGAAGGAAGUCCAGCAUUUCAGGCAGGACUGAAGGCUGGGGAUCUGAUCACACACAUCAAUGGAGAACCAAUUCAUGGACUUGUCCACACAGAAGUUAUAGAACUCCUUCUAAAGAGUGGAAAUAAGGUGUCAAUCACCACUACCCCAUUUGAAAACACAUCAAUCAAAACAGGACCAGCUAGGAGGAACAGCUAUAAGAGCCGGAUGGUGAGGCGGAGUAAGAAAUCCAAGAAGAAGGAAAGUCUAGAAAGAAGGAGAUCCCUUUUCAAAAAGCUAGCCAAGCAGCCCUCUCCUUUGCUUCAUACCAGCCGAAGUUUCUCCUGUUUGAACCGAUCCCUCUCAUCAGGGGAGAGCCUCCCCGGGUCCCCCACUCACAGUUUGUCACCACGAUCUCCUACACCAAGCUAUCGCUCCACACCUGACUUCCCGUCUGGUACUAACUCCUCUCAGAGCAGUUCCCCAAGUUCCAGCGCCCCCAACUCUCCAGCGGGCUCUGGGCACAUUCGGCCCAGCACUCUUCAUGGCCUGGCCCCCAAACUCAGUGGACAGAGGUACCGAUCUGGAAGGCGAAAGUCAGCCGGCAGCAUCCCGCUCUCCCCACUGGCCCGGACCCCCUCUCCGACCCCUCAGCCCACCUCCCCACAGCGAUCACCUUCACCUCUGCUGGGACACUCCCUGGGCAAUGCCAAGAUCACGCAAGCCUUUCCCAGCAAGAUGCACUCCCCUCCCACCAUCGUCAGGCACAUCGUGAGGCCCAAGAGUGCAGAGCCCCCGCGGUCCCCAUUGCUCAAGCGUGUCCAGUCGGAAGAGAAGCUCUCACCCUCCUACAGCAGCGACAAGAAGCACCUGUGCUCCCGUAAGCACAGCCUGGAGGUGACCCAGGAGGAGGUGCAGCGGGAGCAGUCACAGCGUGAGGCCACCUUGCAGAGCCUGGAGGAGAACGUGUGUGAUGCGCCCUCCCUCAGCCGAGCCAGGCCCGUGGAGCAGGGCUGCCUGAAGCGCCCUGUCUCCCGGAAGCUGGGCAGACAGGAGUCUGGAGAUGACCUGGAUCGAGAGAAGCUGAAGGGCAAGGUGGUGGUGAAGAAGCCAGAUGGCUUCCCUGAGAAGCAGGAGACCCCUCAGAUAGCCCACGGAACUGGUGGUGACAUGGAAAGCCUUACUUCUUUUAGACUGGAGGAGAGAGAGAGGAAAAUGUUCCCAAAGGCAUUGGAACGAUCAAGUCACUUUGAAAGCAAAACCAGUGUACAAGAAGCCCAGUCUACGGGCAGCCUGCUGAAGGAUGCUCUUCACAAGAAGGCUGGUGUGUGGGCCAGCGAGAGCGUGGUCUUGGACAGCACAGUGUCCGGCCACAGCCCCGCUCCUGGGGAGCACAGCCAGGGCACUGGGGACUUCAGACGUGUCUCCCCUCCUGGCACCCUCCAAGACAGUCUCUCCCACUUUGCCAACAGGGCAGCCCCUGGGAAGGGUGACAACACAGAGAAGAUCACCCAGGCCAAGGAGUGUCCCCGCUGUGAGAAGCUGGACAGCAAGCUUGCCAGUAUUGAUUACCUCCGAAAGAAAGUGUCGCUUGAAGACAAAGAUGACAGCCUUGGCCCCAUGCUGAAGCCUAAGGUGGCCGCAAGCACCCAUGACUGCCUGCCAGGCACCUCAGGCCGGCCCACGGGGGGUCCUCAGGAGGCUACCUCAGCCACAGAGGGUCGGACAUUUAUUGGUGGGGCCCACGCAGCUCAGAUCAGUGCUGUUGCCUUUGUCCCUAUCAAGGCCUUGGCUAGCCGAGUGGACAGUGUGGCUGAAAAACCAGGCUUGGUUGCUCCUGAGUCCCCUGCCAGGAAAAGCCCCUCUGAAUAUAAGCUAGAAGGUCGUUCUGUGUCCUGCCUAAAGCCUAUUGAGGGUACUUUGGACAUUGCUCUCUUGUCUGGACCUCAGGCCUCCAAGACAGAGCUGGUGUUCCCAGAGCCUUCCCAGAGCCCUGGCCGCUGCAGUAACACAGAGCCCUGCACACCCCCAGCUCUACCCAACAGCCCUGCAAAGGGGGAAACUGCUGCUCAGAGGGAGAACCCCUCCACCAGCUUGAAGAUGCACAAGUCCUAUCUACUGGAGCCUCGGUUCCAGCCACCCAGCCGUGGUCUCCAGAAUGUUCCUUCAUCCUCCCAGCCUGACCCAGAGCUAAAGCGGGACAGGAAGGUCUCCCAUUCCACCACCAGGGGCCUGGUGACAGUCAUGGAAAAUGAUCCUCAAGGGAAGGAAGGACAUACCACCAGACACCAAGACCAAACCCCUGAUCCUAAGCGCCUUCCCUUCCCAGGGCAGAACCUCCACAGUGGACUUGAAAGCCCAGACCCCACUGGGCCCCGCAGCCUCCUACCCUCUGAUGAGACCCCCUCAAGGAAGAAGCCCAGCCUGAGAGAGUCAACUGAGAGCGCCCCCUCCACAGCCAGAAGUGAGCGGACCACAAGAAGGGCUGAUGUCCACUCAGAGCCUUCCUCAGAGCUGCACCCUCCAGAAGCUACUAAAGCUAUUGACAAUUCCAAAAGUACCCUCUCCACAGGGAGGAUGCGGCCAGACUCCUCCACACACUCCCAGACCAUGGAGAAAGCCCAGGGGCCAUGUGCAAAAGCAAACCACAAAGAAGGCCGCGAUGAGGCCAGGCCACUGGCCAGAGAGGACUCCUCCAUGCGCUGCGCUGGGAUCCCCCUGGAGAAGGAGCACAGCAAGGUCAGAAGUGGUGUGGAAGCCAAGGCCGAGGCCCCUGCAGCCAGACGGUCCCUGCCGCCUGCAGGAAUGGAGAGUGGGAAGGCUGAGAAGCUCUCAGAUUCCCUGACUGUGCACAAAGACAGCCCCAGGGACUCUGACAGGAAAGACCAGCCUCUCCAGAAGCAACUCAGCGGUAGCCCUCAGCCCCCAACAACCACCAAAGAGCUCCCUGCCCUGGCCACUUGGCAGCAGCACUGCAGCCUCCCAGGCCAUUCAGGCAAAGAGCCACUGCCAGCGACCAAGGCCAAUGUCAGUGAACCCAGCCCAGGCCUCCAGGACACUCCCACACCUGCUGCUGUGCACAUUGAGAGCAACAGCCACAAGCUCAGGCCAGGCCCUGAUCCCUGCCCACCAAAGUCUAAGCACCCCGACAGGCCCCUCUUCUCCCAGAAAGCAAGCACAGGAGCCACCAAAGGCAAAGAUCCUGUUCCUCAGCCCCUCAGUAGCUGUGGUCGAGAGGGCAAGAGUGGCAGCAGGGGGUUGCUGGAUGUGUUCCCUGCCAUGCCAGGCCCCCAGAGCAAAGGAAGUGAUGUGAUUGGCCAGAAAGAAAAUGGGCCUGCCUUCCCACUGCAGGCUGAAGGAAGCCCUCUAGACCAGAAGCCAAAACCUACGAGUGGAAGUCGCCCUGCAGAUGUGGUAGAGAAGCCAGUGCAUUUACCCAGACAAGGACACCCAAGUUCUGGGGAGUCAGUGGACCAGAAACUUCCUUCUGUCCACGAGAAGCAAACUUUGUCUCCAAAGCACUCCAAACCAUCCACUGUGAAAGAUUGUCCCACUCUGUGCAGACAGACGGACAAGAGUCCAAGUCAGCCAGCUAGCACUCCAGACAGGAAGUCUGAAGGGAGAAAAUGCACAGAUGCACUUUACAUCCCAGCAGAGAGUGGCAAGGGUGAGUCCAGCCUUUCCCAGACACCCAGUGAGACAAGGCUGAGAGGUCCUGAGAGGCCAGCUGCAGCCGUGGGAAAGGCUUUCCCAGAGGCCAGAGGAAAAGGUCCCCAGAAAUCCUUGGCAGAGGCAAGCAAGUCUGGUGGCAUGAAACGAUCCCCCUCAGCCACUGGACAGAGUUCUUUCAGAUCCACUGCCCUCCCAGAGAAGUCACUGAGCUACUCGUCCAGCUUCUCAGAAGCCAGGCCAGGAGGCCAGGAGGCCUUUACAGGUGGCAGCGACAGCUCUUCUCCCAAGACCAACGGGGGUGCGGCUGAGCCCCCAACCUUCCCCAACAACAGGGACCCGAGGAAGACCAUGUCUGGGGCAGAUGGCAGAACCCAGAUGACAAAGAGUGACUCGCUGCCAUCAUUUUGGAGCUCCACCGUCACUCUUGAUCCCCAUCACCCUGACCCAAACCUGGGUGCAGGAGCUGGCCACCGAGACAGGGCCUUCUCAGUGACCACCACCUUCGGGGAAAUCAAAGGGAAGGAUCCUGCCCCAGCCCAGCCUCCCCUGGCCAGGAAACAGAAUGUGGGCCGAGAAGUGGCCAAGGCAUCCCCAGCCCCCAACACUGAGCGCCCCCUCACCCUUUCUUCUGAGAAGGACUUCGUGGUGCGGCAGAGGCGGGGGAAAGAGAGUUUGCGGGGCAGUCCUCACAAAAAGGCCUCGUAA